UAAGGGACAUACAUGGUGUUUGCGUUUCCUUUCCUCCCCCUUUUCCUUUUCUUUCAUACAAGGUCUCAGAGAAGGCUACAGCAGACAUGGAGGAGUUGAGCGCCGUCGGAGAACAGGUUUUUGAUGCCGAAUGUAUACUGAACAAACGACUACGAAAGGGAAAAGUGGAAUAUCUGGUGAAGUGGAGAGGCUGGUCAUCCAAGCACAAUAGCUGGGAGCCUCAGGAAAACCUUCUUGACCCAAGAUUAUUGGCUGCAUUUAACAAGAGUGAACAAGAAAAAGAGAUGUUAUAUCGCAAAAAAGGCAAAAGGCCUCGGGGGCGACCACGAAAAAUUGUGGAAACCGUUCCAGAGGACACAAAGUCCAGCAGCUCCUCGUCCUCCUCGUCUUCUGACUCCUCAUCCUCCUCCUCUUCAUCCUCCUCUUCGGAAGACGACGACAAUGAAGAUGAGAGUGACCGAAAGGCCCGGCCGGCCCCUCGCCCGCGGGAGCUUCACCCCGUGCCCCAGAAGAAGGCACAGAUUGUAGUAGCGAAGCAGGAGCCGGCGAAGAAAAAGCGUGGGAGGAAAGCGCUGCCUCCUGAGCUGAGGGCCCUCCGCCAGGGCAAGCCCCCCCGCAAGAUCAUCAAGCCCACAAUCAAAGACUCUCCCACCGAGCUCCGGCCCAACACAAUCAAGAAGCCCCUGCAGCCAGCGAGCUUCACCUACACGGGCAUGGCCCGGAGUGCCAACCGCGACUCGCUGGCUCUGCACGGCCGAGGUGCCUUCAGCCAGAGCGGAGCUGUGAAACCCUCUCUGAGCAGCGUGAGUCCCGGGCGAUCUCUGAGCCCCACGUCGCCAUCCUUCAGCAGGCCUCCGCAGGGUAAAGGGGCUCCGGACUUCAAACUAUCAGUGUCUGAGUCAGACAGCAGUGCUAGGUUAGACUUGAAAUCAUCAUCAUCAUCAUCAUCAUCAUCACCAUCAUGCAAAUCACCAGGUGUGGCAUCCCUGAAUUUACACAAUUCCAAACUCUCCGCCAACACCAGCAAUCAGGGGACACCUCAGUCUGUCUUGGGGUCUCCCAAUGGACAGAAAAAGCACAAUGUUUCCCCUGGACAGACCCCCCUGCAGAGGGUGCCUGGCAAUAAAACAACAGCAGCAGCAGCAUCCUCCCCUUCUGUGAAGAGUCCCACUAACCAGGCCAUGAAUAUGCAGGCAUUGAACCUGCAGAGUGCGAACAAGCCAUUACAAUGUGCUGGGACCGCAGGCAAUGGAAACAUGGCAGGAGGCAACUUCAGAGGCGCCGCCAACCAAACGCGAAAGACCCUUAGUGGUAACUCACGGCAAGAGUCAAGCCAUCAACCAGCCACGGCCAGUUCAGGACCACAGCAGCAGGCCAAAAAAAGCCAGCCGGGAGAGGAUAAAAUCAAAGCCGAGGACACCACCGACUUGGGUCCCACUCCAGAAAGGUCAGCAAAGAGGCCUCCAAACAGGGUGGAGAAGACUCCAUCAAUAAAACUGCCUACAGAGAUCAGAGAACCCGUGGGCAUACGCGAGAGGUCGUCCUCCAAGGACGGAGGAAAGGCAAAGGUUCUGAUCGAGAUGAGCACCGGUGAAGAGGGGAGCAGCUCGGACUCGGACCAGGAUUCACCAUUUCCCAGCAAUGGGCAGGACUUGUCCAUUGCUGUCCAGGGAAGCCAGGAUUGGAAGCCAACUCGAAGUCUGAUCGAGCAUGUUUUUGUCACCGAUGUCACGGCCAAUCUCGUCACGGUAACGGUAAAGGAGUCGCCGACCAGCGUGGGGUUCUUCAGCAUGCGGAAUUUUUGAUUGAAAUGACUGGCACCUGAGAGACUGGCACCGGAGGGCCUUCAGUCAUCAGCGCAGAGGAGCAUUUUUUUUUUUCGUGAACGAAAAAAAGUUUAUGACUAGUUUGGCAAAUACAUCAAGUUAAGUGAAAGCGGGAUGUCUACAUAUCUACUCUGAGUGAAUGCUGACAUGUUUACAUAGCCCUUAUUUUAUUCAAUGUUGGAUGGUCUAUACAUCACCUGCCGAAUUACAUCUUGUCUUCCAACUGACAAAGAGGAUGUUUGUUCACCAGAAAACUCUUCUGGGACAUAUUUUAAUCUAAAGGUAGCAGUUGAGCCAGAGAACAUUCUAGGUCAUGUUCCCUGAAUCCUUUUAUUGUAGUAAAAAAAAUAUAUAUCUAUAUGAAUAAGAAGACCUACAAGCAUCAAGAUGUGAGACAUUCAAUAGAAAAAGUGAAUUGAUAUGUCCUACUUUGAUUUAAUGUGGCCAUUUCUUCAUAGAAUUCGCAUAAACAAGCUUUGACAUUCAAUAUGUUUGUGUAGAUGACUCUUGUAUAUGGAAUGCCCCAAAGAAACAAAGCUCAUAAGAAAGCUUACCAGCAGUGUGGCUUGACUAUGAAGCUGCUGCAACUUACUUCACACUGACCACCCCAUGUUUUAAACAGCUAGAAUGGUCCCUCGUGGUUUUUGGUUGGACUGAAGCAUCAUGGCUGUUUGCCUUAAAUGUUUAUUUGUAUAGACACAAUCCUUUCCUGAAGCUAUAGUUUGAGACACUUGUGGAAACAAGUUAAAUUCAGUGAUGGAAAACACCACUUUUAUCUUAAUUUAUUAUAACGUUCUCUUUUUACCUCCCUUUUACAUUUUCUUUUUAAAAAAUAAAACUUCUGCCUUUUGUACACUAUGUUUAUCGUAAGUGCAUUGCAGUGAAGAUAGCACACAGGAGAUGAAGACCUUUUUGAGUUUCCCCUGAUUUUGAAAAUGAUUUCACUUGAUCAACAAUCUCCCUUUAAUGUUGCUAAACUGAAGUAGAAGUACCUUCUUGUUGCUAAGUUACUUUGUGUUCCAGUCAAAUGAGUACACUUGUUGCCUUGUUAUAACUGUGAGUAGAAUAGAACGCAUAUAAUUAAUGCCUGUCCUACUGGAUAUAAUAAUGUUUUUUUGUUUGUUUGUUCAUUUGUUUAUGUUUUUUUUUUUUUUUUACAACUAAUCAGCCAACUCUAUCAAAAGAAGCCCCAUUUGUAUUUUUGCUUAACCAACAUAAACUCCAUUUUGGAUAAAAAAAAUUAACAAAACCAAAAA